CGGCCAGACUUAUAGUAGUAGUAUUUUAAAGGUAAUCCUGACCCAAAGAGACCAUUAUACACCAUGGAAAUGGUUUUCCACUGGUUGUAUGGUAGAUGGAAUGGUAGUUCAAGGGAGCUCCACAUUCCAUUGAAGCUACAGAGUGUGGUGUUGAUCCCAUGGAGGGGAUAGGCCUUUAAUGUUUUACAAGGCACUAUAGACACUGUGUCUCGGGAACAUAGAGGUGAUAAUCUACAGGUCUUGUAAACAACGGCACCACUAUGCUCAGCGCUGGGUCAGCAGGGUCAGGAGAGGCCAGGGCGCCUGUGUGGCACUCGUGCCCCAGUUCAGUUUCAACCUUAAUCGUGCGUGGACGCCGUGACGGUUAAUCCAAAGCGAAUUUAGCUUUUUGGUUAUAAUUACUGAAUUCCGGAUUCCAAGGGGAAUCAUCAGCUCGCCUUUAGACGAGUAUAAACAAUUCCAAGGGGAAUUAUCAGCUUGUCAGGAGACGAGCAUAACCAACACUGUAUACAUAUUGAACCAUGUUGGGAGGGAUGUGCAUGCUGAUCCUGGGAGCCUGCCUGUGGAUGGUUUGUCAGGCGGAGAGCAAUCCACCUCUUCUUCGGCCGGGGUAGCCCUUAUUAGAAGAGAGGAGAAGGUUCUCACCGAGAAUAUCCACUGGAAGGUUGUGCAAUAUCAGGACCUAGGACCCAUUUCCGAGACUCUGGAACGGCUCAAGACGUCACUAGAAGUAAUAUCUACCGUCGUCAAGAGAGAAAACUCUUCAGCUCAUGGAGAAGCUAGAAUGCGUUUAGUCGGGCAUAGACUGGCGUUUAUGACCAAAGGUUUCAGAGAGGUUUUAACGGGAGUUAAAGAGAGCCAACAUUGUAAAAGUCGGGUGAAAAGAAGCCUAUUUGACGGGGUUGGAAGACUUCUUCAUUCGAUGUUUGGACUCUUAGAUGACCGUAGUGGGGCUGAGGUUAAACGUUUAGGAGCUCAAACGGUGGCUAUAAAACAUCAUUUAUCACAGCAGUUUACUGUGUUAAAGGAUAUGGCCAAUACACUUGACUUAACAACUAAGGAGGUUGCACGGCUCGACUCUCAUGUAAGGAAACUUUCACUUGAUUUGAAUAGGCAAAUUGGGGAGGUUAAUUGGGAGGUUCAGUGGAAUGAAAAAAUGGAUAAUUUGGAAGCCAUUAUCGGGUCACUUGAUAAGGAAGUUCAGCGGGCUUGUGAGGUCAUAUUAAUGGCAUUGACAGGUCACGUGUCUCCUCGGUUGUUAACUGAUGCGGUGGUAGAAGAGGUUCUACAGGCAUUAGGGAAUACGUUGGGAGCAUCUUUUGGAGAUGUAAUUAAGGAUUUUGCCAAAAUGGAAUUGGUUAGUCAAGUGGGAGUUGACAGAGGUACUAUCAACUCCAAUGCAAACAGAAAAGGACUAGUUGCAUUAAAGGGUUUACCAAGUAACAUAGCUCAAACAGACUCUGAGGUUAUAGAGUUUAGCAAUGGAAUGCUAGAUGGGUGCAUGAAAUCAAAGGAAUUCAUUUUGUGUCCCAGAGCUUUAACAUCGCCGAUCAGUGGAAUAACAGUUUAUAGUCGAAGGGAAAGUGUAUCCACUGGUUAUGACUUUACCUCAGUCCACACUAAUUUCUCGGAGUAUGAUAAAGUAUUACAAGAUGUUAUGGAACCCAUCUUGUCCAGAGAUCUAAGGGUAGUUCAUGAUCAUUUUAAUCAGUCAAAAGCAAAUUUGGAUAAGGUUAAUGCAUCAAUAAAUGGCCUUGUGAAGGCAAUUGCCUCCAUAGACCAGGAUAAUGCUGUUCUGUUUGGUCGGACAGAUCAUCAUUAUGUUACUCAGGUUAACUCAUGGGAAAUCAUAGGUCACCCGAGGACGUGUGAUUUCAGUGAGGGAGCAUGUCAACGGCCAGACUUAUAG